ACCAGAGCUCUGCGAUGACAACCUCAAGUCUUGCAAUCCGCGCAUCCGUAGCGCUUAUUCUGUUGAUGUGGACUGGUUCCGGGCAUUGCCAAGUGGGAUACGUGCGGCACCUGUCGGAGCUGCGGAUAAGGGAACUUGAAAAAUUGGCGGUUCGUAUGCAGGGCUCCAUCAACACCGAAAAGUAUGCCUGCGAGAGCUAUUUUGACUACGUCUGUAGCCGCAAUAGACCCCUCUUCUCGAUCAUGGGACACAUGCCGCAAAUGGGCGAUCUUAUGCAGUUGCUGACCGACUUGCAGAACGAUCCAGAGCCAUUCGAGGCAAAGCAGAAGACGCUGGACUUCUUCAUCUCGUGCAACUUGCACCACGCGCUGGAAGACUGCUAUCGUGAGACCUAUGAGUAUUUCAAGCCACUUUUCGGGUAUAUAGUUACAAAAAACAUGCUCGAUGGAGAAUCCCACGAGCUGGCUGACUUCCUGGGCAUUUUGGAGCGCUUCGUCGUCAGGUUUCAGAAGGACAGAGAGUCGAAUCCCAUUCUCAGCAAGCUGGCCACGUACAAGCAGAAGUUCAAAACGCCGCGUGUCUACUUCCAUGCUAGAGACCUGAGCCGGGAGUACAAGGACCUGCGGAUCUACCGGGAGAGCUACGAACACAACGUGCGCAAUCUGGAGCAGCACCGAAAACUGAAUUCAACAUACGAGCUGGGGGUUCAGCGCACCAUGCUGGAUUGGAGCAUGUACCUCUAUCAGAGCCGCAACAAGCCCAUGUCCUACUUCUACUCCACGUUUACGGUCCAUUUGUACAUGAUGCUUUUUAAUAGUCUGGAGCGACAGCGAGAUUUCACGCGGUUUCGCGAAGAUGUGGAGUGUUUAAGGCUGCCCCAGUUCGUUAACGUUCUGGAUGAGGCCAGAAUGCUGGCUGUGAUCUACUUAAAGAGCUUCCGAGCCGCCUGGAUAGACUACAGCGCCUGGAUCAACUCGCCCCCACAGAACAGUGGGAUAUACGAUCAGGAAAAUGGGGUCCUUCAAAAGUACCAUCUUGACAACAAGCGUAUAUUUUUCACUCUUUACGCUCAGAACUUUUGUGAGUUUGGGAAGGAUCUGGCCGAGCACGUCUUCUAUCUGGGCCUUAAGCAGAACAAGGACUUUUACGACAUAUACUCUUGUGGUUUUCAAACGGAGAACCCUAUGACUUGUGUUUAAUAGAUCAAGUCAUUUUCUAUCAUACAUAUAUAUAAUAAAGCAUUAACAUCCUCUUAACGCUGUAUAAACCAUUUGAAUGAAAUGGCUUUCACUAUCGAAAACACUAUAAUCAAGUUGCCCGAAUAUCAGAUACCCGUUACUCAGCUAGUGAAAGAGCGAACUAGAAAUUUCUGGCAUAUCGAGUGGUGUGGGGGAAAAAUAAUAAAAUAGAAAAAAAAUCGUAUAAUUUUUGAAAGCGUGGGCGUGGGAGAGUUGGAUGGUUUGUGGACAAAAAAAAUUGUUGACUUACCGAUAGAAAUUGGCAAAA